AUGCAGCCCGUUUUUGAUGAAGGCCGCAAAGUGGCGGCCGAGUGCUCCGCGGAGUCCCCCUCCGCGGUAUCUGUCGAGUUGACGGCUCUCCAUGUUUCCGAAGGCGACAAAAGCAAUAUGGUAGGAACGAAGAGGCCUUCAGAGGGGGGCGGAGACAGAGCUACAGACAACGGUUCUUGCCAAGUUCAUCCAUCAAGUUACGGGCCUCGGUGGUUUUUCCACCGUGUAGCUAGCAUCAUCUCAGGGCGAGCAUCGAUCUACAGCAGCUCGUCCGCGUCUCCGCGAGACGACAGCGUGACUCGUGGCUUCUGUAGCUCUUCUAAAAGUCCCGCCCGGGAGUCGGCUGCAAGCUCUCUCUCUCCUUCUUCUGAGACCGCAUCGUCUGCUCAUGCGAUUUCCACACGACGGGACCCGGUGUUGUUAGGUGUCGCAGUAGGAAGUACCGCGUGGUGGUUCUGGAGGUCCGUACGGACUGUUGAGAGGGAAGUGGGCCGGAGAUAUGCAGAUAUCGCGUAUCAGAUUAGACGGCCUGACGCCUUGAGCAACCGCAUUGUCGCCUUCAAAUACCUCGUGGGCGGCGGGGUCGCGGUUCCUUUGCUGGCGCUUGGUGCGUGUGUGGCGUUUUCUCUCAAAAAUGACUCUCCGUCUCUUUCAACGGCGAACCGACACUCAGGGGCGGCGCCGGAGCUGCUGGUGCCGGUUGAGGGGGACGAUGACGCGUCUCGAGGAGUCAGCGCUGCUUCCACGGAGCGCGUGCCAGCGCUUCACAUGUUGCCAACCAGCUGGGGCGUCGUCUUGCGCGAGCAGCUGCAGCAAUUUUCGCAUGGCUUUAGAGACUUCGCCCUCGCCGUUAUGCCGCAACAGGAGAUGCAGGUGUCUCGUCUUUUGAUCAAAAUCAUUAGCAGUCACGGUCAGACGCGGAAGACGCCACUAUUUCAUGUUCAGAUGUUCUCUGUGCAACCAACUGACGACAAGUGGGCCGGCGCUGUGCAUGCGGGUGGAUCAGAUUCAUGGCUUUUCUCCUUUGUGAAUUCUGGUUUCGGGGUAUUGGGCGGGAUGAUCUUUUCGGGUUGUCUACGUUAUGCGCCGUCGCCGGGGAAGCAACCUGCCUCCUCCUGGACAACUGCGUGCUCAGAAACCAACAAGCUAAACAUGUCGGAGACCGCGCUGCAACCAGCCAUAUUCUUGCUUCUGUGUGGGACUUCACCCUGCGAAACUCUCAAUAGCACAGACUUCAGCGUGCACAUUUUGGAGCGCGACCGUCGCUUUCGUCGGAUGUUAGCGGGUGCCGGGCAGAUUCAGUCUCAUGCGCUGCGUUAUAGACUUGCCGCGUCGUUUAUGGUGGACGAAGAUGACUUUGUCACGGCGGCACUAGGCCAAGGCGGCCCAGACAGCGCCAUACGCUUGCGACACUUCGACGCGAUGAAACAACACGGAGAGCGGAAGCUUCAGCAGCUGAUUCGUCUUCAGGAAGAAGCAAUUCGCCUUGCCUCGUUGACUGUUUUCGUGACAACUCCCGGGUCCUGUGAAGAAGGGGGGGCGGCGGACGAACCGGCGUUGUCGUGCUUGCAGAUCCGCCCCGCGUUUGCCCAGUUACCAUUCGAGGACAGAGGCGCUUGCUUGAGCGUGUCUCCGGACAAGAUGCAGUCUGUGCGUAAAGAUGGCGAAGAUGGACUUGGGUACGAGCAAACGUGGAGAGGAACAGCGAGCAAGCAAAGUAGGGGAUCCAGGCCACUGAAUGAGGCACCGAUAUUCGCUAGUGGGCACGGCGAUCUAGGCUGCGUUCCCCGCCACCACCAGUCCAAACUCUCGCUGGCUGGUGUAGUCGCACCAGAGACGGCUCAACAUGCUUUGCGAGAGGUCGACGCGCCACCCAUGAACACGAGGGCGAUCGAGUCUGGGCUACGUGGGAGAUUGCAGAAGGAUGCACGUAGCGGUGACGAAACGACGGAUGAAUAUGCCUCACCUGUGGGCAAGAACACACCACUCAGUCACCCCAGGAAUGCAGACAAUGUCGCUCUUUUGGUCAUGGCUAUGACCCAACUCUCCAAGGCGGGGGCUGCCGUGACGGGGUCUGUUCGUGAUCCGCUAGGCGAGCGGCGCGCCUCAGAUGCCUUCGCGAGGCGUGGAGAAGCGAGCGGCCGCGCAGAGGGACGAUAUUCGGGUGUCGGGGGACGCCAGACAGAAGCAGCUCGCAGCUGUGGAAGCGGUAUCCCCGGAGAGGACCCAAACUCGGGGUGCAUGCGAGCCAUUCCCACGAUCGAUCGACGAAAGGACAAGCAUCGACGCGAACACAAACACAGUCAAAGUGUCUCACCGACUCAGUACCGCGGUGCGACAAGCGACGCGGCUGGUUGUCUGCUGCAGCGUCCCUGUUGCUGUGACGGGUUUUUUGCGAAAUUCCGGAAAAGGACCGAGUCUUCGCGAUUCAGGGGGGGGGCCGGGAAAAGUGUGGAGGAGGCGCUAGCCAUGGAAUCGCUUGUAGAGGAGUCUCUGGUGGUGGCGCCGUGCGUGAAACGCGACGGUCGCAGCUUUCGCUUCGACAGCUUUAGUCGCCAUACCCUUAGCUUCGGUCCACCCUCUCCGUCGUUGGCUCGGCGCAUGCUGCUGUCCUUGAAACGACAGUCCUCAGCGCCUGCCCACCUCUCGUUUACCUCGUCGCCGCCCAAGAUUCCGACAGAGGCCGAGGCUGCGGCCGCGCUGCUCCGCCAGCCCAUCCGCUUCCUGCUGUGUAUAUUCCCGACUGAGAGAGAAGCGACAGACACACGCAGCUUGUUUCAGGGUGCAUCGAGCCAGGCACAAGUGAAGGCGUGUCAGUCCUGUCGAGUCUCCGCCGGCUGCAGGGGCUCUGACGGGUGCCGGGCGGCGUGCGAAAACCAGCGGAAGCCGCAGGGCGACCUGUCGAAAGACGCACUCGCCGCAUGGGGAUGGACGCACGCGGUGCCCACCUCGCCUUGGUCUCCCGUGGCGCUGCUCGCGGUCGGAAAGCUCGAAACGUGGAGCGCUGCCACGCUGGCCUGUUUCAACAGCAAGAACAAGCACAUGAUCGCCCUCUCAGUCCCCCUGUACGAGGUCUCGUCUCACUCGGCCCGCUCUAGCUCACGUGAUAGUUCCCCGCGAAGGCCAGACACGCACGCCAACUGGAAGGCGGUCGCCCGUCUAGGACGCGAGGUGCGGAGCGGCACGACGAAGAGCCAAGGAACCACAACGCCACACAAAGCAGCCGCUGGCAUGGCGGGGGGCCAGGCCACGCUGAGGCGCAAGACAAGGAAGAGAGAGCCAGUUUGCGGUGAAAUGGAUUCGCACGCCCGACAAACCGAACCCGCGGGGAUGCUUCACGUGGAGAUUGCCUGCACGGGAGAGGGAGCAGGCGACGACACUUCAGGGGACCGGCUGACUCUUGGUGAGUCUCGGAGGCGCGCGACGGACAGAGGAAUAAACAGCGGCGGACGGAAAAUGCAAAUACUGUCAGAGUCGCCCCUUAGUGCGGACGCAGAUGCGCCGAAGUCGCGACAGUCUUUCAAGGUAGAAAAGGGCAGCGAGGGGGCCAGAACGGAGGGCCGAACAGCCGGAAGGGCAACAGUGAAGGCACGCCGAGAAGCGCAGAGCACACUUAAGCGCACGAAGAUGCAGAAGCGAGAGCGAGCGUCAGGCUCAACGAAGUUUGCGUUUGCGGUCGCCUCUAAAGACUGUAUCCCCGGAGGGAGUUCUUCAGAAGAGGAAAGCAGAGACGACGACCACGACCCAUACACUUUACUCUCUGCAGUCCCACUAACGCAGCAUGCGGCUCCUUCCCCAGGCCGCGAGGAACGUGCAGCUUCAGCUCCUAUGUCUUUGCCUUCAUCGUGCUCGCAUGCCAUUUUGCCUCCUUGCCGUUCGCCUUACUCCAGGUAG